AUGAGUAUAAAAGACGUUCCUUUUUUUUUAGAAACACCAUUAACUUCUUUUAAAACAAAUUAAAAAGAACGCAACUUUAAAUCACUUUAAUAAGAAGCAUUAUUUGAUGAUAUACAAAAGCUUCUUAGAAUAAAUUUCUCAACAUAUAGCCCCAUUUCUUGUAAAUUGAAAAAUAAUCAAUUAAAAGUAGUAUCAAUGGUUGGUUAGUUUAAUGAUACAAUAAAGUAUUUGAUUGAGAUAAUUAUUGAUUUAAAUGGCAAAGCAAUCAGAUUGUCUUACGUUAUUAGCAGAGAAAAUGGAUAGUAGUAUUUUAUAGAAUCUAAGGCUUAGAGAUUGCUAAUUAUGAGAGGAAUAAAUAAAUUAAAUUAAAAUACAGAUGUUGGUGUCUACUGCAUUAACAAUAGAGGUGGAAUAAGAUUCAAGCAGCAUAUAUUUUUUGAUGAAUUCACUUUUGAUGAAAUGAUGGAAUAGUAUUAAACACAUUAGAUUUCUCUAAAAACAAAAAAGUACAAAUAAAUUGCUGAAAUAACAGUAGAUACACUGAUAAAAGAAAAUUUAAAUGAGGAUUUAUCUUAGAAAAGGAUAAUCACAUUGCUUCAAAGGAACAUAGAAGCUCAUUUACCUUAGCUGAAUAUAAAUAUUGCUAAAAUACUUUACUUAUGUGAUGAAUUAGAACGCGAAUAUUUUGAUAUAUUAGAAAGAUAAGGAGCUUAAGAAAGUUAAAAACUCUUUGAUGCCUUGGACUAAAUUCACGAGACAAUAGAAGAAACAGUUAACACCAACAAAAUUUAUGUUGAAGAAAUCAGUGAUACAUCAGCAUUUUAAAACCCUGCACAAACAGUUGAAUAAGGUUUAAAAACCAAGAUUCUCUAGGAAAUUAAUAUCAAGAAAAUUAAAAAUAAAGAAAAUAUUGGUUCAGGAGGUUUUGGUACAAUCUUUAAAGCUGAUAUUGUGUUUAGUGGAAUGGAUUAAAAUGUUUAGAGUAUUACAAUGAGCCACUAAAAUUAAAAUUACUCAUAAAGUUUACAUACACAAUCAUCAAGUUUACAAAAUCCUUCAAAUACUGAUCAAAAUACAAGAAAUUAAACAAUUUUGACCUCAAACAAUAAUAAUAUUUAUGUUUCUUAAGCAACAAAUUAAAGCUAACGUUAAUAGCUAUCUUCAAUUUAAAAUUCUUCUAACUCACAGAGCAGCAUUACAGAUAUAUAAAAUUCAUCAAAUAUAUCAAACUCUUAAAGUAUCAGAGAAGAAGAAGGGGUUAAAGAACAUACUAAGUAAUAUGUAUUGAAAAAAAAUAUAGAUUUUAAUUCAAGCGAUCGUAAUAGAGUUUAGCAUGAAAUAGAUAUCCUUAAACUUCUUGAAGAUUACGAAUGCCCUUAUAUUGCUAAAUAUUUUUAUUCGAAAUAAGCUGAAUAUUCUAGUUAUCUCAUCAUAGAAUUCUACAAAAAUAAAGAUCUUGAUACAUUUAAAAGAAACUUUUCUAACACUUCAUCCCUUAUUUCUAAAAUUGAGUUAAUGUACUAAUUCAGCUCGGGUCUUAAAUUUUUAAAUGAUAGAGGUUUCUAUCAUUUAGAUAUCAAACCAGCUAAUAUUUUGGUUUCAAAUAAACAUUAAAUUAAAAUUACUGAUUUUGGUGAGUGUUAUCAUUACGAAAUAUGUGAGAAUAAAUAUUUAUGUGAUUGGGAUGAAAGAAUUAAAGAAGCAAACAUUGCUCAUCUGGAAAAAAUACCAUGGAAAAUGAAAACUCCAAAAGAGGUAAAUCCUGAUAUAAAAUUUAAACCAGCUAAAACUAUGCCUUAUUGUCCUCCUGAGGCGCUAAGUUCUAAGCUGCAAAUCAAUUACUAAAGUGAUAUCUUUUCACUUGGUGUCAUGAUGUGUGAACUCUUUUUUGACGAAUUUCCCUUCAAAUUCAAAAAGUCAAAAUACUCUUUUAUUGAAUAGAAGUUCAAGGAACAAAAAUGGGAAUCCUUUUUGCCAGAAGAAUAUGUUUGUAAACACAAAGGACCUGAAAAAAUAACUAAAAUUAUACUUAAACUCGCACUUCUCUGUUUAAAUGCCAGCAAAUUAGAAAAAGAUAAGGAUGAUAAUAAAAGCUAUAAAUUGGAUAGACCUUGCUUAAGUUAGAUAAUUAUCAUCCUAAAAAAGUGUAAAGAAUAUCUAGAAUAAAGGUAUAUAACCGCUUUUAACAAACCGUGA